UGUUGUCUAAGUGUUAGCCAUCUAGGCAGCGUUCGCCGACACAAUUGCUUGUCUUGCUCUCAAUUCACUUGGCCCAACGUGUGGAGAAGCGGAGAAGCUAAGCUGACGAGGUACCAUAUAAGAACGGACUGGGCAUCUUGUCAGGAGUACUCAAAUUGUAAACACCAAAAUCGCAAUGCCCGAUUCUCUAAUCAUCGCCAAAGCCGUCGGCAUCGUAGUCCCAGCAUGGCUGGCAGGCAAUAUCGGAGCCUACUCCCUAGUCUCGGCUCCUGCCAUACUCACAGCCGUCCAUAAGAACAACGUCUCCAUCUCCCACGCUCUUCAGGUAUGGGCACACCUCUACGACGCCGGACAUGCGCAGAACCCCCCUAUCGCGUUUGCUGCUGCUGCGUCGCUGGGGUUCUGUGCAUGGACCACAGGUGACCGACGGUUCUGGUGGAGUAGCGCCGCGACGAUUGGUAUCGUUCCGUUUACGCUUCUGUUCAUGCAGAAGACACUUGACAGAAUUUUUGAAUUAGCGCGGAAGGCGGACAAAGAGGCCUUGGCCACCAAAGAGGCGGAGGAAGCUGAGAAGCUGUUGCAUCGGUGGGUUUGGCAUAACGGCGUGAGGAGUUUGUUUCCAUUGGUUGGUUCUAUCAUCACGGCCACGGCCAUCUUCAACUAUUUCUAGGUUAUAGGGUCGCUUCUGCUAUCUUGGAAGUAAUCGUGUCACCUCAUGUACACCCUUAGUCAUCACCCACACUAACCAAACCCGCAAACCGAUUAGUCCUUGCACUCGCAUAACUCUCAUACUCCUCAUCCGUACUGUUCCCCUCAUACCCCGAGUCCCUCCGAUCGUGCUUCUUCAGCUUGCCCAGCUUCUUCAAUUCAUCCUCCACAUUCCACGCGAUCCGCUCUGCGCCGAUCCUUGCACCAACCAGAUUCGGCG